CUCAACUACAGGGAGGCCUAUCAUAAGGAGAAGCACCUGUACACCACCAUUCUGGAUACCUACGACUACGCCAAGUGCCGCAACUUCAAGCACUACUUCAGCAGCAAAAACUACACUGCCGCCUGGGACAAAAUCAAAGACAAGAGCUACCAGAUUCCUCACGAUUCUCACGCUCUGAAACACGCCAAACUGCAGAAAGUUAUCCUCAGCGGCGUGAAGUACAAGGAGGACUACGAGAAGUUCAAGUCCCUCUACAGUCUGCCCAAGUGUCUGGAGGACGAUCCCGCCACCGCUCGCUGCGUCAAAGCCGGAAAGCUGGUGCUUGAUCGUCUGUACAAGGAGGACUAUGAGAAGACCAAGGCUAAGAACCACAUCCCUGCAGACAUGCUGGAGAUCCUGUCCGCCCGCAAAACCCAGUCCUCCGUCAGCGAGAUCAACUACCGCAAGAGACUGCACCAAUGGAUCUGCCUGCCCGACAUGCAGGUGUACACGCAGGCACGCAAAGUCAACGAGCAGCUCAGCGACGUAAGUCAAACUCAGAGGGAUUUCAUGAGCUU